GUUAAGUGAAGGGGCGCGGCUUCGCGGCAGCCCUGUGGCGGAAGUGCUGAGCGCGGGCGCCCCUCAAGCGGGCAGGCGGGUGGCUGAUAAACAAAUGAAAGGAUGGCUAAAGGUGCACAGAAGAUCGUUAAAAUCUAAAAUAUUUGCUCUUGAAUAGUAUGAGCAUUUCAUGAUAUGCUCAGAACAUAGAGUACUUUCCAGAGAUGCUAGCUUCCUUACUCAGCUGCCCAACAAGAACAUUUACUGCUGUUUUCACAAUUGUACCCAUUAAAUUAAAAUGUUGGUGUGUUCUGGAGAAUUAAAUAAUUAGCAGAGCUAACUGUUGUGCAUGGCCAUUGGGAAGACAAUGUCCCUUACUCGAGUUGAAAAUCCUUGCUUUCUGAUGUUCUUGAUAAUCGCUCAAGCAAUAUUCAUCUUGAUACUGUACCGAGGCAGGACUUCAGUUGAAUUUAAGCAUUACUUUGAUCAACCGAAGCAAUUGGACUAUUCAGUAAGAGAGGACGUCUAUACAAAUCUCAGUUUGUACACUCAUGCUCCUGAUAAGAUGACUAUACGAUACUGCACGCCACAGUCACCAAUACACGUUGGACCUUUAACCAUCACCUUUGACACAGUACCCAGUGAAAGAACAAUUAUCAGCAAAAAUCCAUAUGUCCAGUCAGGUGGCUGCUAUAGCCCUCCCCACUGCCUGGCCCGUUACAAAAUUGCUGUCAUUGUGCCAUACAGGAAUUGUGAGAAACAAUUGCACCACUUCCUCUAUUAUAUUCAUCCAUUCCUCCAGCGUCAGCAGCUUAACUACUGUAUCUACUUGAUUCAUCAGGCUGGAACUGGGCCAUUUAACAGAGCAAAGCUCCUUAAUAUUGGUGUCCGUGAAGCCUUGAAGGAUGAAGAUUGGGACUGCCUACUUCUGCAUGAUAUAGAUCUCAUUCCAGAGAAUGAUUAUAAUUACUACAUCUGUGAUGACUAUUACCCCAAACAUAUGGCCACUGCCAUUGACAGUUUGCAGUCCAGUUUACCACAUCGGUUCUUCUUUGGCGGUGUAAUUGCUUUGACCCCAGAACAUUACAUGAAGAUAAAUGGGUUUCCAAACACCUACUGGGACCGUGAUGGCAAUGAUGACAUCGCUGAAAGGAUUCAAAUAGUCAGAAUGAAAAUAGUGCGAUCUGUAUUUGGACGUUAUAAAAAGGUGGACAACGGGCAAGCUUCUGGAACUCCAGAAUACAGUAAAAGGUCUGCUUCAUUGCACACUAGAAAAACAUGGAAAGAUGAUGGAAUGAAUUCUCUUGACUUCAAACUCUUAUCAAAGCAGCAGCAUCCUCUUUAUAUGAACAUUUCUGUAGAUAUUGGAGUCCCACCCAUGCUGCCUCCUCAGGGUAUGAAGAAACAAAGCCACAUUUUAUAACCCUUUUACCAGAGUUAUCAGAGCACAAAAGUGUGCACAUGGAAGACUUUGGAGAUGCAUUUUCCCUUCUGUUAGCUACAUUACUAGUAAAGAAAAAAACAAUGAAAACAGCAAUGUUACAUCUACUGUUAAAGAAGGCACUUAAGGGUGCAGUCUUCCAGCCAGCUGGGGUACAAGAGGUAGCAUAAAUGAGAGGCAUGCUGAUAGGAGAAGACAUAUAAGCUGCCAGAUGUUCCGGUUACAGCCAUGGAAAGCUCUAAAGGUGUGGACAUUCCACCUAUGGAAGACUAAAAUGGGGCAUUCCACGAUUUUACAUCUGUUGUUGACUACACUUAGGGCUGGCUUAAUAAUUUUACUUUCUUAAUGAGAGGGAAAAUAAAAUCUCCCUCAAGCAAGUCAGCAGCUCCGCUGGAGAAUCUUCCCUACAUGAAAUUGCUAUAUAAGUGUUUCCAAGUGCACUAUCUACUGAAUCCUGCUCUCUUUUCUGACCAGCACAAUUACUAAAGAGCAAAUUUUGGGUCAUAAACCACUUAUGCUGUUAUGGGUAUUUGCCACUGCUGUAGCUUCUCAGCAAUCUGAAUGUAAAGCUAAUGUGGAUAUUUAAGAUUUUUGUUUUUCUGCACCAGUGUUAAGGGUUUAAGAUUACAAUUAAGUAUUAACUAUAUUUCAGAGUAUUACUUUUAUGUUUAUUUUUCAAUGAAUGCAAAUAAAUAGUUGAAUAGCA